UCAGGCAGACACUUAGAGCGCUGUUUGGACAGCGUGGAUCAGUCGCCUGGACCCCACAUUCAGCUGAGUAUUCUUGUGCACGGACCAGGCCUUUGUGCAGAAGGACGGUGCGCACAGACGUUGGAGGGGGAAAGCGUCGAGAGAGCAGAAGAGUGGGCUGUAUGUACAAAAGAAGAGAUCUCCUGGGUGACGUUGGUGUUUUUGUGGCCUCUGUGGCAGGGUGUUGCCCAGCAUACGGACGAGGAUUGAUCAGACCUUGGGGGACUUCUCAGCCUGGACAUUUGGAGAGCCAGUUUUGAGGAAGACAAAGUCAUUCUAUUGUGAAACCUGUAGCCCAGAGGUCAAAGGGCCUGAUGGCUUCGAAAUCCCAGCACAACGCUCCCAAAACCAAGAGUCCCAACGGCAAGGCUGCAUCUCAAGGACAGUGGGGCCGUGCCUGGGAAGUGGACUGGUUCUCCCUGGCCAGCGUCAUUUUCCUGCUGCUCUUCGCUCCAUUCAUUGUGUACUACUUCAUCAUGGCGUGUGACCAGUACAGCUGCUCGCUGACUGCCCCCGUGUUGGAUGUGGUUACAGGUCGAGCUAGUCUGGCAGACAUUUGGGCCAAGACACCGCCUGUGACUGCUAAAGCUGCCCAACUGUACGCCUUGUGGGUCAGCUUCCAGGUGCUGCUUUACUCCUGGCUUCCUGACUUCUGCCACAGAUUUCUGCCAGGUUAUGUGGGAGGCGUCCAAGAAGGUGCCAUAACUCCAGCAGGGAUUGUAAACAAGUAUGAAGUGAACGGGCUGCAGGCCUGGCUCAUUACCCACCUCCUCUGGUUUGCGAACGCUUACCUCCUAUCCUGGUUCUCCCCCACCAUCAUCUUUGACAACUGGAUCCCAUUACUAUGGUGUGCCAACAUCCUGGGCUAUGCCGUGUCCACCUUCGCAAUGAUCAAGGGCUACCUGUUCCCCACCAAUGCCGAAGACUGCAAAUUCACAGGCAAUUUCUUCUACAACUAUAUGAUGGGAAUUGAGUUUAACCCCCGCAUCGGAAAGUGGUUUGACUUCAAGCUGUUCUUCAAUGGCCGGCCGGGGAUUGUGGCCUGGACCCUUAUCAACCUGUCCUUUGCUGCCAAGCAGCAGGAGCUUUAUGGCCAUGUGACCAACUCCAUGAUUUUGGUCAAUAUCUUGCAGGCCAUCUAUGUGUUAGACUUCUUCUGGAAUGAAACCUGGUACUUGAAGACUAUUGACAUCUGCCAUGACCACUUUGGGUGGUACCUGGGCUGGGGAGAUUGCGUGUGGCUGCCCUACCUCUACACGCUGCAGGGCCUGUACUUGGUGUACCACCCUGUGCAGCUCUCCACCCCCAGUGCCUUGGGCAUCCUCCUGCUUGGCCUGGUGGGCUACUAUAUCUUCCGAAUGACCAACCAUCAGAAGGACCUGUUCCGCAGGACAGAUGGGCGCUGCCUUAUCUGGGGCAAGAAGCCCAAGGCCAUCGAGUGCUCCUAUACAUCAGCUGACGGGCUAAAGCACCACAGCAAGCUGUUGGUCUCAGGCUUCUGGGGUGUGGCCCGCCACUUCAACUAUACUGGUGACCUGAUGGGCAGCCUCGCCUACUGCCUGGCUUGUGGCGGUGGCCACCUCCUCCCCUACUUUUACAUCAUCUAUAUGACUAUCCUGCUCACCCACCGCUGCCUCCGUGAUGAACACCGCUGUGCCAACAAGUAUGGCCGUGAUUGGGAGCGCUACACAGCCGUUGUGCCCUACCGCCUGCUGCCUGGGAUCUUCUGAAGGCCUUCCUGGGGAGCAUAGAGAGGUGUCAUUGAGUGUGUGGAGUUGGGUGCAUGGGGGCCAGUAUCUGGCUUUCCCCUGCAGGGGCCUCCUCUGUCUGCUCUUCUGGAGAAUGGAGAGCCUGGUGCCCCACAGCGGCUGUGGGCAGCUGGAGAACUGAGUUCACACUGAUGCCCCAGCAGAAUGACUUGUGCUCUCUGUUCAGCAUCCUGAGGCCAGAGGACCUUUCAUGUCUGUCUGUUGGGGAACCCACCAUCUAUGCUGUCUGGAUAGCUUAGGCUUAUCAGAUGUCUCCCAUGAUUGGGCCAGCCUGAUAAACUGGAGACAAUGUACGAUCUAAAGAGUUGGGCAGUGUCGUCAGCCCCCACCUGCCCUGGCAGGCUAGGCCCCAUUUUUGUCUGUAGCAUGUGCAGUGUUAAUUGAUCAGCCAAGGGUUCAGGGUCCAUUGAAGGAGGAAGGAUUUUUGUUUUAGAUUAUCAUUUGUUUUUAGUUUUUACCCCAGGAAUGCCAGGCAGUGGACUGGGAUAUCCAGGGGGCACUGCCCAUAGAUAGCACAGUCCCUGGCUGACUUGAUAAACAGGGUUCUGACAUAUGAGACAGGGUUCCCAGGACUCCUUGAGUACUCACCCAGCAGCUUAUCCACCUGCCCUCUUCCGGAAGGUGCUUCUUGUUUACCCCUGAGACUUGGCUCAAAGGUGAACAGGCUUGGCUUAGACAACCCAGAAUGUAUCACCCGUCAGUGACCUUAGCCACACCUUCCCCAGCAGGAGACCCAGUGUUGGGGAAGGAACCCAUUCUCAUUAGGGACACUGCCUCCCCCUCCAAAACUCAGGGUAUUCUGUGAAUCUAGAUAGGCUCAUCUUAGCCUUGCAGGCAGUUCUGUGUAUUAAAUCUGCCUUGUUAAAUGA